AUGGCAGCCGCAGCCUCCGGCGAGCAAGAGAGGCCGCCCGAGGCGCGAGAACUCGCCGUGGAGAUGCGGGUGGGGCCGCUGCUGUGCGCGUACCGGAGCGGCGACGAACGGUGGCGGGAGGCUGCGGCGUGCCCCGUGUGCUUGUCGGACCUGGCGGACGGGGAGACCGUCAGGGUGCUGCCGCCGUGCAUGCACUACUUCCACCCCGCGUGCGUUGGAGAGUGGCUGCACAGCCACGACACCUGCCCGGUGUGCCGCGCCGUCCCUGCUGCUGCAGGAGCCUUCCCGGCGGCCAUGUUGGCCGUGUGA